CACAUGCGGUGCACGACAUAUAUAUUCCAGGUCUUCCGAUUGUUCAUCCAAUACAUCCGCAGCGGAUCCCCCUCCUCAUACCCGCAGGGCCUCAAGUCAUGCUUCGCUCAUCAUGUUGACGCAUCAUCACGCUACGCUUUUUCGCUUGGCAGCUUGACUCUGCAUGAAAAUCACUGUACGAGUGGAGUUCAUUUUCUAACCUCGGGGACUCAUUAUCAAACUCGGAUGGUUGGUGUGGAGGACAAGGUACUUAGGUGCAAUGCGAAUGUGGGGAAACCUAAUCGUUACCCAAGUGGAUACGCAGGUUAUUAUCCGAAUCCGGAAAGUUUGUUUUUUUCGCAUCGUAUGAUGAAUAGGUAAUGGUAUUUGUGAUGUCUGAUGUACAUCUAUGCGUAUGUAUAUGCAUGUCGAAUGCUGACAGAGUAAAGCAGAAAGUACCGUAAUCCCACACUAUACCUUUCCAAGGUGCCAAAUCGCAUGCAAUCACUGUAUCCGGAAAUUCAUUGUUAUUCAUCGAGUCUCCGCCAUCGGCCAAGGGCAUGCUUUU